GAGCCCCGCCUGAGCAUGACCCACCGCCAAGCACCCCCCAGCUUUGCCCUGGCGCCCCUGCUGCUGGCCGCACUGCUGGCCGGCGCCGUGCGGGCGGCCCGCAUUGUGGGGGGCCACGAGGCGCAGCCCCACUCGCGCCCCUACAUGGCCUCGCUGCAGGCGCGCCUGCGGCCGGGCAGCCACUUCUGCGGGGGCACCCUGGUCCACCCGCGGUUCGUGCUGACGGCCGCCCACUGCCUGCAGAACAUAAACCUCAACAUGGUGAGCGUGGUGCUGGGCGCGCACGACCUGCAGAGGGAGGAGCCGACCCAGCAGAAAUUCUCCAUCGCUCGACUGUUCGAGAAUGACUACGACCCGGAUCUCAAGCUCAACGACGUGCUCCUGGUGCAGCUGGACCGCCCCGCCAGCAUCAAUGCCCAGGUGGCAGUGGCCCCGCUGCCCCAGCAGGGGGAGGAGCUGCCCCACGGCACCGCCUGCCUGGCCAUGGGCUGGGGCCGCCUGGGCACCCGGGACCCGCUGCCCCACGUGCUGCAGGAGCUGAACGUCACCGUGGUCACCUUCCUGUGCCGUCCGCACAACGUGUGUACCUUCGUGCCUCGCCGCAGGGCAGGCAUCUGCUUCGGAGACUCCGGAGGCCCCCUGAUCUGUAAUGGGGUGCUGCAGGCAGUGGAUUCCUUCAUCAUCCGUGAGUGUGCCAACCACCAGUUCCCUGACUUCUACGCGAGGGUGGCCCUCUACGUGGACUGGAUCCGCGGGGUGCUGAACAGCAACUGAGCCGGGGUGGGACCGUGACACCAAUAAACACUGAGACCUCUUGGGCUCCUGUCUGUCAUU